GCGCACGCGCACCCGCCCCAAACAUGGCCGCCGCCUCGGGCCCGGCCGCCCGCCUGCGGGAGCCUGGGAAAUGAGAUUGAAAAUGACACCUCAGAAUAUUCCUGAGGAAGAACUAUCCUGUGAUGUGGAAAUGGAAGGAUUUGCAAGAGAGGGUUCCCAUCUUUCCAUUCUAGGUAAUAAUCGGGACUGUAAGAACUGGGAGGGACAUUUGAGGCAGUCAGCUUUAACUCAGGAGAAACCAGGGACUCAGGAAAUAAUUUGUGAAUAUUCUGGACUUGGGGAGCGUUUGAGUGCAAGUUCAGACCUUCUGCCAUCUAAGAGAGUUCCUACAAAUGGUUUUCAUAUACGUGACUCAGAUGUUAAAAGUUUGGAUUGCGACCCAGCUUUACACAGUUGUGCAAAAAAUUAUGUAGCUAAGAGAACUAGUGACAGUGAUGCUUGUGGAAGAGCCUUCGACCAUUCUGGCGAGGUUUUUCAACUUGGAAGAGAUCAAACAAGAGAGAAACCCUAUAAAUACCCUGAAAGUGUUAAAUCUUUCAAUCAUUUUACUCCUCUUGGUGAACCAAAAGUACGGAAAAAGGGGAAGAAACUGUAUGAAGGUAAGGAUUUGGGGGACAUCUUUACCCUGAGUUCAUCUCUUAAUGAAAACAGGAGGAGUCACCUUGGAGAGAAACUGUAUAAAUGCAGUGAAUGUGGCAAAUGCUUCAAACGGAACUCUUCUCUUGUUUUGCAUCACCGAACUCACACUGGAGAGAAACCUUAUACCUGUACUGAAUGUGGAAAAUCAUUCUCCAAAAACUACAACCUGAUUGUGCAUCAAAGAAUCCAUACAGGAGAGAAGCCCUAUAAAUGCAAUAAAUGUGGGAAAGCCUUCAGUGAUGGGUCAGCUCUCACACAACACCAGAGAAUUCACACUGGGGAAAAACCUUAUGAGUGUCUAGAAUGUGGGAAAACCUUCAACCGAAAUUCAUCACUGAUUUUGCAUCAAAGAACUCAUACAGGGGAAAAACCAUAUAGAUGUAAUGAGUGUGGGAAACCUUUCACUGACAUCUCCCACCUCACCGUGCAUCUCAGAAUCCACACUGGGGAGAAGCCCUAUGAAUGUAGCAAAUGCGGAAAGGCUUUCCGGGAUGGCUCAUACCUUACCCAGCAUGAGAGGACUCACACUGGAGAGAAGCCCUUUGAAUGUGUGGAGUGCGGGAAGUCCUUCAACCGAAACUCUCACCUCAUUGUGCAUCAAAAAAUUCACUCUGGGGAGAAACCCUAUGAAUGUAAAGAGUGUGGGAAAACUUUCAUUGAGAGUGCUUACCUCAUCAGGCACCAGAGGAUUCAUACUGGUGAGAAGCCCUAUGGCUGUAACCAGUGUCAGAAACUUUUCAGGAACAUUGCUGGCCUCAUCCGGCACCAGAGGACUCAUACUGGUGAGAAGCCCUACGAGUGUAAUCAGUGUGGUAAAGCUUUCAGGGACAGUUCUUGUCUGACCAAGCACCAGAGAAUUCACACAAAGGAGACCCCAUACCAGUGUCCUGAAUGUGGAAAGUCCUUCAAGCAGAACUCUCACUUGGUGGUACAUCAGAGACUCCACAGCAGGGAGGGUCCCAGCCAGUGUCCUCAGUGUGGGAAAACGUUCAGAAGGAGCUCGUCCCUCAUCCGACAUCAAAGAAAACACUCUGGAGAGCAGCCCAUGGAAACAUAAUGAUUGUGGGCCACGUUCAUCUACUGACUGGCUCUCAAGAAGCUGUGUGAAGGAGGAAUGUCUUCAGAGGUGACUUUUCCCUGUCAGACAAUAACGUUUUAAGCUAUUCAGUGAACUGAUGAAUGUGAGGCAUUCCUUAGCCAUACUAUCAAAUCUAUACAUUGAGGAACUCCUGGAGAAAACACAGGGUAGUAGUAAAUGUAGAAGAGGCUUCAGGAAUGAUGCAGCUAGUACCAAACAUAGUAGCACACACACUGGAAUAAAAUCUGUGGAUGUCAAGAAGGUACUCUGAAGAUGCGUCAGAGUGCUUAAACAAGAAAGAACCCAUGGAUGUGUUCAGUGUGUAAUCAGUCUGUGGAAGACUUUAAUGAGGAACAUCUGCCCCGUACAUAAGCAAACUUUUAUUAGGAUCAAGUGGAAGUAGUGGCAGGAGCUCUUACCGUCUACUCUGUAUCAACAAAGACAUCCUGGUGGUAGACCCCACAACACUCCACCCCACGGCAACCACAGAAUCGCAGUUAGAUUUUGCUGUUUGUACGUAUUUCUAUGUUACAGCCUUGUCAGAUGUGCAGGAUUUAUUUCAGAAGGGGCAAGUAGGUGAGGACGUUGCUUGUGAAUGAACAAUGAAAUUCUCCCUUUUAAUACUGGAGCGGGCUUGUACUGAGAUGGAAAGGGUUGCUGCUGAGAAAUGUGAUGCGUUGCUUUAGUUGUGGAAAUAAAAAUAGAACGAGUUCUUACAUUUCUGUUAUCACUCCCCAUUGUUCAUCUAGUACACUACUAAUUUGUUCCAUGCAGUCAUGCCGAACCAUGAUUAUAAAGGUUUUGUUACCAUGUUGAAAAUGCUUAUAAUAUGGAAGGCAACAACAACAAUAAAAAAAGCAUAAAAUAGAAGGCUUGCUGUUACUACAGCCAUGUAAAGAUAUGUGCACAUACGGAUGUAGAUUGGAAAUUUGUCAUAGAGAAAUAAACAUGGCUUUCUUAGGGGCCUCCGUUCAUGUCUGAUUUUUUCUAUAGUAAAAUAUACAUUGUUGCUAUAAUAUUUUGAUAAGGAAUAAAAAGAGAAAGCCAAAAGGCAAAUUUUGGGUUUCUUUGGACUUUUUUUUUUUUUUUUUUUUUAAAUGAAAAGGGGCUAGUUCAGCGUCACAGGGCAGCUAUAAGUAUGGAUGAAAGGCAUCCAGGAAGAAGUUUCUCUCAAGUCAGGGCAUCCCAUGACCCAAGGCAUAAGAAUAAUUUCCUUUUUUGGAGACCUGGAGGUGAGGAGAGAACAGGGCUGAGAAAAUAGGGAGUGGGAGGCUGUUGAGAGGUCUAGGAUGAUCUGGGAACAUCCCUCCCGAGGAAAUACAGUGCUGGCCAGGGGAGAGCUGCCCAGGCUGGUUGGCAGGUCUGCAGAGCCCUGGGGGUGGCUCCCCUUGAGAGUCACUGAGUGAAGGCUGUGAGAUAAUAAGUUUAUGUUGUUUUAAGCUGCUGAGUUUGGGGUAAUCUGUUACGGAAACAAUAGAAAACUAACACGCAUUAUAGAAAAUACUUGCCUGCCCUUUCCCUCUCUUCCUUGCGCUCCUUUCUGAUACUCCAGCAGGGCCAUUGCCAAUUUACACCACUCUUUCUUACAAGUUAGGAAAAGAGCCCCGUUGGGGCAGUGGGGGAGGAAGACGCUUGCUUCAGAGCUAUUACAACUGGGUGCUGGGCUGCAUCUGUGGCAGGGCUAAGCGCCAAGACCGUGAGGCUCAGAGACUGAGGAGCCUGGUGCAUCACCCCUUACAAGCCCUGCCUGACUCCUGGACAGUAUGACUAGGUUUAACCUUAUGUCCAGACCCAAGACCUCCCCCAUCCUCCCACAGGCUGGGUUGCAAUUCUUCCUUAACAAACAAUCAGGAACUCCUGUUGGAAGGCUAAAUUAUGGCCUCCCAAAUGUGUCUACAUCCUAAUCCGUGGGACCUUUGAUUGUUAGUGUAGAUGCAAAGGGAAUUUGAGGGAGUGAUGAAGAUCUUAAGAUGUGGAGAUGAUGCUGGGUUAUCUGGUGGGGGCGGUGUCAUCACAGGGUCCUCAAUAGGUCAAAGUCAGAGGAGAGGUGAUGAUGGAGCCAGAAGUUAGACCAAUGCAUUUGAAGAUGGGAGAGAUGUCAUGAGCCAAGGAAUGGGGACCCUCCUAGAACCUGGCAGAGGCAGGGAAACUGGUUCUCCCUCCACAGCCUCCAGAAGACCCCAGCCCUGCUGACACCUUGUGAACCCAGUGAAAGUGAUUUUUGGACUUAAGGCUUCCAGAACUGUAAGAGAGUAUAUGUGUGUAUUUUUAAGGCACAAAGCUUGUGUUAACUUGCUACAGCAGCCAGAGGAAAUUAACACACUCCCAUUCUAGUUCUUACAGACCUUUAACCUUCCCAGCUCCUGUUUGGUGAGGUAUUCAAUGUGUGUUUCUUUCUCAGCAAGUUAAUAAACACAACUUGAAAAACAAAAUCCUCUGCUGGUCUCUGUCUGCUUUGAGAGUAGGCACGGCCUACUCAGCCAGGUGCCGCU